UUGUCAACAAAAAUAAGUUGACGUAUACAAUUGUGUAAAAACGAACAUUAAAUUUCAUGAUGUCGCUUAGUAAUAUUCAAGAAGAGCAUAAACGUUUGAGUUUGGAAGAGGUUAGAAUUACAGAAAAGCUCGACUUACUGAUGGGUCAGCAGUGUGAUAUAGAAGCAAAACUGCGGAAUGUUUCCUUACUCGUACCUCGUCUGAAAUCUGUGAAAAGUGAUGCAAAACACCUAUCAGGAAUGAUACAUUUCACUUGCACACUUGCUGAAAAUGUGAGCGCUAAAGUGAGAGAACUUGAUAUUGCCAAGGGAAGGGUUUCAGAAUGCCAAAAGCGGGUGAAUGAUCUACUGGACCUGCAACUUUGUCGAGAAGGAGUAAUUUCAGCUAUGAAAAAUGAGGACUUUGAAAAAGCUGCUGCACAUGUUCAUAGAUUUUUAUCCAUCGAUGAAACUACCCUGAAGCUAACAGCAGGAGAUAUUGCCCAAGGUCCUACUGUGGAUAGUUCCCUAGUACUGUUACAUGAAGCGCAAGCUCAGUUGUGUAAAGUUCUUCAACAAAAGUUUGAUGAGGCUGUAAAAGAUGCUGAUGCUGCCUCUGUUGAAAGAUUUUUUAAAAUAUUUCCCCUUCUUAACAUGAAUGAAGAAGGAAUUUCAAAGUUUGGCAGCUAUCUUGCGGCACAGUUGAAAGAAAAAGCUCAAAAGAAUCUGAGGCAAGCUGAUGGAGAAGCCACCAAUGUAAGAGCAAAUGUUUAUUUUGCCGACACGCUAACUCUACUUCUGGAAACUGUGGCUCGCAUCAUUGAAAUCCAUCAGCCGCUAGUGGAAACCUAUUACGGUCCCGGUCGUCUUCUUCAAGUAGUGGAAUAUUUACAACCAGAAUGCGACAAACAAGCAAGUCAAAUAUUAGCGGAAUUUCGUCGCUCUCGACAGUUUGACAAGCAAAUCCAUCUAGUAUCGGAAGUACUAUCAAACGGUAACAAAGCGUUACACGAGAAAUGCGAUCCUAGGGUCUUGGAUGCCGUUCUUGCCGAGCUUACUCUCCUUAGUUCUCGAACAGUGCUUUACCUACGUUUUCUUCGCCGAAGAGUGGCGAAUGAUCUUGAGGUUGGAAUUACAGAAGAACAAUCUCGGGAUCUUCGAAUGAACGAAUUCGAAAAGUUGUUGAGUAGUAAAACAGGGAUUAACCGUGCUGUGCAAGAGCUUCUUGGCCAUUAUAUUAUGCUAGAGCGCUAUUUUCUUUCGGAAAGCGUUUCUAAAGCCGUUGCAAUGGAUACCGCUGUAGAAGGUUCUUUAACCUCUAGCAUAGUUGAUGAUGUCUUCUUUUUAGUGAAAAAAUCAAUUAGACGAAGUCUGACUAGCUGCAGUAUUGAUAGCAUUUGCGCUGUUAUCAAUAAUGCGUGUACCCUCUUGGAAGAAGAUUACGCAUUGGUAUUCCAGCAGCAGUGUAAGCUGGGAUUUCCGUCUGGCUAUUUGGAUUUAACGCAAGCUUAUAACGCUAUACAGAGCUCACUUCAACAAGGAUCGAUAAGACUCCAGUCAUCGGAUACAGAAAAAACUAAAGCAAACUUCUUGACAGCACUCAACAAUAUUGAAACUAGUAUAGAAUGCAUUGAAACAUUGGAUAAAAAUGUUUCCCAUGAAAUCCAACUUAACCUCGGAAGCACCAUGACGAGUCGUGACCAAGAAAAAAUUAAAUCGUGCCUGGCUGGAUUUGAGACAUCAAAAAAUAAAUUCCGUCACUUAUUAGAUUUCGGCCAUGAGCAGCUAAAAUCUUCAGCCAUUAAGCCUCGGAUAAAGCCAUGGGUUGACCAGCUUCUUUCUGUCAACCACGUAAUUGAUGAGGAGGAAUUUAGCUGCUACGAAGCCCAAGACCCGUUUAUUCAGGAGUUGAAUCUUCAUUUAGACGGAUUCAUGAGUGGCUUUAAAGAUUCCUUGACUCCAAACAAUUAUCAAACCUUAAUCGGAACUCUCACUUCCCAAGUCGCGCAACAGUUCGAGAAAGUUAUCUUCAAAACUGUCUUUAACAGGUUAGGCGCUUUACAGCUAGACAAGGAAAUACGAGCGUUGAUCACUUAUUUAAGCACAACAACGACAUGGACUAUACGUGAUCGAUUCACCCGGUUGACACAAAUAGUUACAAUAUUGAAUAUUGAAAAUCUGGCAGAAAUAUCUGAAUAUUGGGGCCCUAAUGCCGGUACGGUAACAUGGAGGUUAACACCACAAGAAGUACGACAAAUUUUGAUGCUGAGGACUGAUUUUCGAGCUGAUGAAAUUAAACGACUUAAGUUGUAAGUGCAAUAGUUCAGCUAUUGGAAGUUGGAACAACGUCUUUUAUAUUUCGAGCUAAAUAAUUUUCCAGAUUUACACA